AUGCUCUCCAUUCUAGACAACUCGCUCCGCGUGACCAACCUGGUGUUCCUCACCAUCGUGCUGGGUCUCACCGCCUCGCUGGCCGCCACCAGCAACACCAACAACCCGCAGGUCAACUUCGCCGUCUUCACCGCCGCCUUCGGUCUGCUGUUCGACACCCUGUACGCCAUCCCCGCGAACUUCUUGUCCGCCAUGGCCUGGCCCAUCCUCAUCGCAGUGCUCGACUUCUUGAACUUUGUGUUCACUUUCGCCGCUGCCACCGCGCUUGCCGUCGCCAUCAGAACCCACUCCUGCACCAACACCGACUACCUUGACAGCAACAACGUCACCCAGGGCUCCACUGACCGUUGUCGCAAAGCCCAGGCCUCCGUUGCCUUUUUGUACUUUGCCUUCUUUGUCUUCCUUGCCAAGCUCGGCUUGUCGUUGACAAACGUGUUCUCUGCCGGUGCCUUCGGCGGCGCUUCCCGCAGAACCAACGUCGGAGUUCCAACCAUCUCCCAGGUCUAA